AUGGCUACGGUUUCUGUUCCAUUUGCGGAAAACAACUAUGAUUUUAACUAUUUAACGCUAACAUGGGAUCGACCUCAAUGUGGGUCUUGUGAAAGAACUGACGGCGUUUGCGUGCUUAAGAAGGUUGGAAGCCAAGAUGUCGAUUGCUUGUAUCCAAGAAAAGUUUUGAAGGCAGUGCUGUUUAUUUUGCUGUCAAUUGUAAUUCCAACUAGUGUAAUUAUGUCAUGUUGUUGUCUGGCCAUAAAUUGCGGGAAAGAAAACCCGCAAGAGCUUAACUAUAAUUACAGACAUAUAACGUUGGGUUCAUUCACAACGCCUCCACAAUCCUCUACAACAACCACCGGAGAAGGCUUAGACGAAUCAACCAUUCAAUCAUAUCCCAAAGUCAUAGUCGGAGAAAGCAAUCUCACCUCAAGACUUAACAACAAGACAUGUCCUAUUUGUUUGUCUGAGUUUCUCGCAAAAGAAACAGUCCGGUUCAUUCCUAAUUGCACACAUUGUUUUCAUUCUGAUUGCAUUGAUGAAUGGCUUCGCCUCAACCAUUCAUGUCCUGUUUGUCGGAUUUCACUAACCCGUGUUAAUAUCUAA